ACGUGCCGGCGGCGGGCGAUGGAGGGGCCGCUCGGCAGACACCGGGCGCUCUACAAGGGCCCGGCCGCGCCGCCAUGGAAGGAGACGUACCGGCGGCGCUGCCUGGAGCGCCUGAAGAGCAGCCGGGAGCGGCUGCUGCACCGCUACCGCCAGGCCGGGCCGGGUCCGGGCGCGCUGCUGGUGCCGGAGGUGAUGGAGCGCGAGUGGCGGUGCCUGCAGGCCGAGCGCGGCGCGCCGGGGGAGCGCGGGCAGCGCGAGCUGCAGCAGCGGCAGCUCGGCCGGGUGAGCACGCGGCCCCAACCGCAGCGCUGUGCCUUUCAGAUGCCGCAGGACCCGGACGAGCUGGCGGUGCUGGACGAAAUCCAGCAGGAGCUGAUCCUGCAAGAACAAUUGGUUAUAGAAGAGUACGAGCGAAGUCUGCAGUUUGAUGAAGAAUGCCUCAAUGCUAUCCUCGAUGGCUUGGAUGCCAGCAACAGAAUCAUCUGCCCGGUGUGCAGAAAGAACCAUCUGACUGUGAGGAGCCACUCAGUUGUUUGCCAGUGUGGGUUGGAUGUCCCUGCCCAGGAUAUGACAGAAGAGAAGCUUCGGUCACUUCUAGAAAACACUAUAACAGAGCACAGUCACAGGUGCCUUCACAACCCGGAGUUCACAGUUACCAGUGGAAUGGAGGAGGAAGCCAGUCUUCUCAUGACCUGUCUGUGUUCGAGUACCUGCAUGGUGGGAAGAGGCAGGAGCAGAGCGUUUCAGUCUGAAACAUGAACAUUCAUCAUUUAAGUGUUACUACAGCUUGUCAGUUCAACUUAACCUUACCUUUUUAAGGUCUGUGACUUCUGGAUGAUUCUCCUGUAAGUUGCUUCAGCUGCUGCUUUUUCGGCGACUUCGAGACUAGAUCUCAACCUAGAGCUGCUACUGUCUUCUAAUGUAUAUAUACUUGUGUCUGCUGUGUCAGAAAUACUUCAAGGCAGUGCUCCUGCCUUAACCUGCACUUUUGAUGGCACAGUCCAUGUUUUUAUAAUAAAUAUUUCAUCCUUCAUGUCAUCUUCAA